GCCAGCAACAAUUUCAAUGGCUCAAAUUCAUUCUAACAACUUGCCCUUGCAAUCUGUGUAUGCAUCAUCAAGAAUAGAUUUCCUUAUAGAGAAGUUCUGCUUCGUGCCAUUACCUCUAUCAUUUCAACUAUGCCGAAUGUCGGCAGGCCGAGUCGGGCAUGUCAUGCAUGUCGAGAAAGACGCAUAAAGUGCGAUUUCAUUCGUCCUGCGUGUUCGCAGUGCCUGAGAAUAGCCCGGGCGUGCCCAGGUUAUCGCAAUCAACUAGACUUAGUGUUUCGAAUGGAAACUGUUGCUAGCUUUCAAUCAAACGUUAGCAGAGAUCGACGAAAAACGCAUACUAGAGAGAUAAAUAAUACAACCGUCGCGGGGCAGGAGUACAACCCACCAAGGGCUAUUACAGGACCGGCGAGGAGUUGUUCGGAAUUUCGUCUUUUUUCCAACAGUGUCCUCGAAGUUGAUCACUUUCUCUUCUUUCGUACUGUCACGGCCUCAAGUCUAGCGGGGCCAUUUGAUUUUGGCUUCUGGGCUAAGAGUACAUUGCAAGCCUCGCAUGUAUAUCCUGCCUUAUGGCAUGCCACUAUCGCGUUAGGUGCUGUACAUCGUGUGUUCAUGACUGAUAUUGCAUUACCCUACCGUCGAGACUCAGAAAAGCAUCGUAACGUUCGGUUUGCACUCAGACAAUUGAACAAAUCAAUAAAAAGCGUGACAGAUAUGCUGUCUACACGAGUGUUGACCAAACAGGAUAAGAUAGUAGUGUUGACAGUUUGCGUUUUGUUCACUUGUCUGUCUACAUUACAGGGCUAUCAAGAGCAGGCUUUCUUACACAUCAGCAACGGAAUUAACCUUCUUCAUCAGUGGGGAUUCAUGGACUUGAUAAGCCAACGAUAUUCCGAUACUACUAUCAACAUGCUGUUGUUGAUAUUCUUCCAAUUAGACACGCGGAAGCGGCACAUUCGCAGUGGUGUAGAAGUAAAGAAUGAUGAUCAAAAUACCGACAACCUUGUUGGUCUUCCUAACUAUACACCGAAAUCUUUUGCGUCCUGCCUAGAAGCGUAUGUUACGCUUGAAAUGCUGAUUAAUCGCUUGGCGCGGCUCCAUCCUACCAAUCUAAAUUCCGAGUUAGCUGUCGACGAGAAGGACAUCUAUACCCUAACACUUACUGCGUGGGACCAUAAAUUCAGCGAAUACCUUGCUGAAGGCUUAAUAAAGAUUGAAGAGGAUUCUCUUAGGCUCCUUCGCAUGCGACGCUUAUUCGCCGCCGUGCUCUUCCAGAAUUUUGACAAGGACGAACUUGGACACGACGAAUUCUUCCAUCAGUACGAGGGAAUCGUCGGUCUAGCAGCUACCAUACUUGAAGGUACGAAACGACCUACGAGCUCCGAAGAUGGACUACGUACUGCAAAACCAGCACCAGCACAAUUUUCCCUUUCAGUUAUCAUCUCAGAGCCAUUAUUAUACACCGUGAAAUGCUGCCGGGAUCUCACAAUUCGACAUCGGGCUUUGCACCUACUAAAAAUGUACCCACGUCGAGAAAGCAUUAUCGAUGGUAUUGCUGGGAUAAAGUUAUUAGAAGCUUAUAUAGCCUUUGAAGAAAAGUCUUGCCCACGGAGUGGUAGUACGUUAAGUGAAUACGACUACUUAGUUCCAGGGUCUGAUUGCAGUAUUGCUGGAUCGGGGAUAUGCCAAAAACACCGCAUCACAUUUCAGCAGUUCUUAAAACAAUCAGGGCUUGGUGCUUCAGGGGUGGGAAGAUGGAGAACAUAACGUUUUGCUGUCCGUCGAAAGUAAAUAGGGCUAGGCUAAUGGGUUACCAAAUGAGUCUUUGCUCUGCCUUUCCGCACUCUUUGAUUGAAUACGUGUAUUCAAUUUUACUACAUCAAUUGAUGUAAUCAAUCAUCAAUAUCCGCUGGAAAUAUUUUUGCAUUU